AUGUCUGGAGAUAUUUUGGGUCUUCCACAAAGUGGAUUGGACAAUUUGAAGACUUCGGAGCAUGGUGAAUUUUGGAGGCAUCAGCCUUUCGCAAGCAGUCAAACUCCCCCAGAGCUUUUAUUCAAUGAGACUGAUCCACAUCAUACUCGGAAUAACGAAGUUGCAGUCAGUAAAAAAGUCACAUUUGGCGACCUUGUUAAGAAUCCUGAGAUGGAUGAACCUGACAACAGAGGACACCUGAAUGAUGCAGAGCCUUCUGUUAAUUGGAAUUCUAAGGCAUCAGCAACAACGCCCCUUGAUGAUCCUGACUCAUAUUCUCCUUUUCUACCACCAGUCCUUGAGGAACCCCCAUCCACUUUCUCCGAGGCUGCAGAUGAUGAUCCACUACCAGCAAUUGAGGGUCUCCAAAUUUCAGGUGAAGCAAUUCCUGGACAGCAACUUCAAGCAUGUGGAUACUCCACAAAUGGAACAGCCAGUUGCAAUUUCGAGUGGGUGCGGCACUCGGAGGAUGGAUCUUUCAAUUAUGUUGAAGGAGCAAAGCAACCAAAUUAUCUUGUAACUGCAGAUGAUGUUGAUACAUAUCUUGCCAUUGAAGUACAACCACUUGAUGAUAGGAAACGUAAGGGUGAACUUGUGAAAGUCUUCGCCAAUGAGCAUAGAAAAAUUACUUGCGAUACUGUAAUGCUCAAAUGCAUAGAGAAGACUCUUUACACUGGUCAUGUUUCUUACAAGCUCUCUCUUUCGGGAGUUUCAAACCUCUUUCUUCCACAAGAUUACAGACCAAAAAACUCGUUGUUUCCAAUCACACUUGACGUCUCCCAGCUAAAGAGCAGAGGAGAUGAGGACAGGGGUGGGUUGGGGAUAGGAGUAAAGACUGGAUUUCUGGAUAUAUGGGAGCCAGCUGUAUUGGCAAUUAAAAAGGAUGGUUACAGCAUAAAAUGUGGCGGGCCUAGUGAUGAUACAUCUUUACGUACGAUGGAAAGCUUUGUCUCUAUUCCGUACGGAAGUACUAAUGAAUUCUCCAUAAUUGAUUAUCUUGGCACUGAGCGCAUUUUGAGGGUGGACAGUAGCUUGACGGAUAUAAGUGGCUUAAAUAGUGUUCUAGGCAUUUUAAAGAUGUUGCCAAAGAAAAUACAGCCGAAACUCCUGAGAUGUUCCAAAUGGAGGAGUAACUGCAUUUCAUGGGAACUGAUGGACUUCUCGAGAGAUACAAUUGUCCUCACGUUCAGAUUAUUCAUCUUGAAGGCUGGUGAAAAGAAGAGGAAGAAGAGAAGCCUGUUCUUUAACAAGUGAGCAGCUGUGUGAAUCGGGGAUUUCCUCUAAAAAGAAUUUGGUUUGGAUAGCAGGUUAUGCAUUUUGUUAUGGCAGUGCUUUCGUGGUUUGAUUUUUUUUUUUUUUUUUU